AUGAAUCCGUCUUCAUUACUUUUAGCAAGAACUCCGCCAGUAGCUUCCACUUCAACUUAUUCAACUCAUAUUCCAUCUGCAAGACCAAAUGAUCAUAUCUUUCAACAACAAGAUUCAUCUUCUUCAACCACUCCAUUACAUUCUCCAACUACGAUCAAUCCACCUAAUCGAACUCUGAAAUUAUCAUCUAAACUACAAACUUCAAAUCCAGAUGGAUCUUUACCUAAUCUACAUCCGACUUUUCGUUCAGAUACUUCAAGUCCAUGUCAAGGUACCGUUCAAAUCAUAGUAGAAUCAACUACAUUCUUAGUACACAAGGAAAUCAUUGUGUUUGCUAGUCCGUUCUUUGAAACGAUCAUUGGAGGUGAAUGGGCAGAAACGUGUGAUUUGACUAGUUCUCAGGAUCAUUCACAAGAUCAUCCACACGAAUCUGAUCUUACUAUUCAAAACUCAUCAAUCGAUCCAUAUUCAAGAACUGGGCCCAUAGAAACCGGUCAAUCGGAUGAUGAACCAUCCAAUUCUCAGACUACUAAUAUCUUACCCACUCCAUCUACGGUUCCAGGCUCAACUGGUUCACUUCUUCCUGAUCAAUCAACUUCACAAGACUUUAAUCCUCUUUCUGAUAACAUCGAUGGUUCAUCAUCCAAUGGGGAUCCGACAGGCGAUCAGCUUAAUCGAUCACCAUCCUCUCUUCCAUCUUCGCUUGCCGAAGCCUUUCACACAACCGAAAAACCAUCGACUCCUAAAACAAAUCGAUUGAAUGGUCCUUCUCCUGCACUGAAACAUAUGAUUUCGAAAUCUAAUCUUAUCAAACCAGUCAAUUCGACUCCCCAAAUCUCUAAAACUAGUAAAUCUAAUCAGAUUGAAGCCAGGAUUUUUCUUCAAGAAGAAAAGGCAGCUCCGUUCCAAGAUUUAUUGAUGUUUGUUUAUCCUCAUUUAGAGUGUGUUUGUACAUGGAAUAAUGCACCAGAGCUCAUGACCAUGUCAAGAAAGUUUGAUAUGCCAUACCUACAAAGACAUGUUUUAAACUUUUUACUUUCAUCAGCUGCAGGUAAACCGAUUCAAGCCAUGAAGAUUGCAGAAGAUCAUCAAUUACCUGAUUUGUAUAGAGAAAGUUCACGUUUCCUUUUAGAUAAUUGGCAAGGUUGGGAUCCCAAAGAAUUAGAUAUCUUAAGUUCUGAAACUUUAUUGAAACUUGAAAAAAGAAGGACUUGGUUCUUAGAACGUUUACUUAAAUUGGGUUUAGUGAAUUCGUCAAGAGAUUAUGUUUGUCCACCUACUUGUUCGGAUCCACAACAUUGUGCAAAAUUAGUAGAUGAUAAAUGGAGAAGUGCAUGGGCUUCUUCAUUUAAAUUUGGACCACCUCAGCCUAGUAGUGUUUAUCGAGCUUUAAGGUGUUUAGAACCUAGUUUACAUAGUCCAUCUUUAUUAUUACCACAUACUUCAUGUCAACAACAUGCUAUCCGAUUCUUUGCUGACCUCUUCGACCGAAUGUUUUCUCAAUUCCCAGCAAGAGUAGGAAUUAAUAACAAUGUGACUGGUACUGGUACAGCUACAGGUACGGGCACGGGUACAGGUGGAGCUGCUCAUUCACAUUCGAAUUCGUCUCAUUUCUCUUCUUUAGAUCCAAUACCUGUUCCUAUCACCUUGAAUGGAACAAGUGUUUCAAAAGCUUCUAGACAUGCUAAAUAUUUUUUACAUGUUGAACUUUUUGAAGCAGGUGGGUUUGGUAAAGAUAGAGAAAGAAGAAUUUUUUGA